ACUCUGUCCUUUUCCAGCCCGGCCGGUGUGGCGAGCAGACCUGGAGCCACCUUCUCCCAUUUUUCUUCUCUUAUCCGUCAAUUCCCAUCUUGAAACGCAACAGCAUGGAUCCUAAAGCCAUGAAGGAGGAGCUACGGCUGUUCCAGAGCACCUUGCUUCAGGAUGGACUGAAGGAACUUCUGAACGAGAACAAGUUUGUUGACUGCACUUUGAAAAUCGGCGACCGCUGCUUUCCCUGCCACCGCCUGAUCAUGGCCGCCUGUAGUCCUUACUUCAGAGAGCUCUUCUUCUCUGAAGACGGCAAGGAGAAGGAAAGCGGCAAGGAAGUGAUUCUGGAUGACGUUGAUCCAAAUAUCAUGGAUAUGAUCAUCCAGUAUCUGCAUUCCGCUGAGAUCGACUUGACGGACGACAACGUUCAGGAGAUCUUUGCAGUGGCGAACCGUUUCCAGAUUCCCUCAGUGUUUACAGUAUGUGUGAACUAUCUCCAGAACAAGCUGUCGCUGUUUAAUUGUCUCGCCGUCUUCAGGCUUGGCCUGGUCCUCGGCGUUCCCAGGCUCGCCAUAGCGGCACGCGAUUUCAUCGCUGACCGAUUCGAAACCGUGGCGGCUGAGGACGAAUUCCUUCAGCUGGCACCUCACGAGCUCUUGGCUCUGAUUGGUGGAGACACGCUUAACGUGGAGAAGGAGGAGGUUGUGUUUGAGUCGGUGAUGAAGUGGGUGCGCAGCGACAAGGCCAAGCGCGCCAAGAAUCUGGGCGAAGCGUUCGAGUGCAUCCGUUUCCGCCUUCUUCCGGAGAAGUACUUCCGGGAGAAAGUCGAGACCGAUGACAUCAUCAAGGCAGAUCCAGAACUCUUGAAGAAGCUGCAAGUCAUCAAAGAAGCCUUCGGAGGAAAACUCCCCGAGAAGAAACCCAAAGAGAAGAAGGAAGGAGAGGCUGGAGCAGAGGAGGAAGAGGAGCUGCUGCCGGGUUACUUGAACGAUAAUCGUAGACUGGGGAUGUAUGGACGAGACCUGAUCCUCAUGAUCAAUGACACGGCUGCUGUGGCGUACGACGUGGCCGAGAAUGAGUGUUUUCUGGCUGCCAUGGCAGAGCAGCUGCCGAAGAACCACGUGAGUCUCUGCACCAAGAAGAACCAGCUCUUUAUCAUUGGUGGCCUGUUUGUCGAUGAAGACAGCAAAGAGUCUCCUCUGCAGUGCUACUUCUACCAGGUACAAAAUUACUUUAAAAACUAG